AUGCUAAUUUGCUCCAUCCCCCCACAUCACAAGCAGCUACGGCUAACUCCUCCACUCAGUGCUGGGAGAGACAUCACAGAGAGAGAGAGAAAAGAGAGAGGAGGGGCCGGCCUCCACAUCUUUCACACUGCAGGUUCCUGCAUGCUUAAGAGAGCGCGGCUAGGUUAUACACAAAGGAGCUUCCGGACAAGGCGGCUAGGUCGCCAAACUCGAGGGACCUGAGCUCAGAGGAGGAUGACGAGGCUGUGAUCUGCCUGCCUGCCUGGACAAGUCAGCCUCUCCACCCAGUCGAGUUUCGGUUCGCAACUCUCCACACACAUGGCUCCCCUGACCCGGUGUCUGGGUUCCUGGGGGAACUGACGGUAGCACUGCUCCGCUUGGUGUCUGGUGUAUCCGCAUCUUAAUCAUGACACACAACGGCUCGGCGGUCAGCAAUGGGACGGCCAGGAGGAGAGAGGAGAUCAAGAUUGUGAUCGUGGGAGAUGGUGGCUGUGGGAAGACCUCCCUUCUCAUGGUGUAUGCCAAAGGAGACUUUCCAGAGAAAUACGCUCCAUCUGUGUUUGAAAAGUACUUCACCACAGUGAGGUACGGAGGCCGAGAAAUUGGCUUGAACCUCUAUGACACAGCAGGUCAAGAGGACUAUGACAGGCUGAGGCCGCUCUCCUACCAGAAUGCGAAUCUGGUGCUCAUCUGUUAUGAUGUUACCAACCCCACCAGCUUUGACAAUGUUCUCAUCAAGUGGUACCCAGAGGUCAACCAUUUCUGCCGCGGCGUUCCCACAAUCCUGAUCGGCUGCAAGACAGACCUGCGUAAGGACAAGGAGCGAACCAGGAAGCUCUGGGCUCUUGGUCAGGCACCCAUCACAUACAUCCAGGGCGAGGAGACCAAGCGGACCAUCAACGCGGAGCUGUACCUGGAGUGCUCGGCCAAGUACAGGGAGAAUGUGGAGGACAUCUUCAGAGAGGCCACCAAGCAGGCCCUGGCGGCCAUCCGGAGAGCAAGACAUGCACGCAAAAAGGGCGGGUCAUGCAGCAUCCUGUGAUCAGGUGAUCUGCGUGGGACCGAGACAGAUGGGGG